AUGGAUCCUUGGAGUGGAUAUCAGAAUAUGCCUCCGGAUCAAGUGAAUUGGGCGGACCUUGCGCAAAGAUGGAUGGCCAUGCGAUCCGCGCAAGAAGGUCCAGAUCAUUUACGUGGAAAUGAACAUUCGAAUGGAUACGGCAAUUCUCCUUUCGGGAGGGAAAAUGGUCCACCCGGUCAAUAUGGUCGAAAUGGUGCGUAUGAAGGAUAUGGCCGGGAAGUGGUCCCUCCUGUUCACCAUCCAGGACCACCAGAUCACAACUUUGGUAGAGGUUCCGAAAGAAAUCAUCACGAUUACGGGAGAAACGACACUAAUCCGUCAGAUGACUGGUCGAACUCAGGACCGAGUCGUCCAAUUUUUCCUUCUGGCGCUCAGGCUAAAAACAAUGAUGGCAACGAUUUUCAUGAUGGGUAUCGAGGUCAAUGGGGUGGUGCUCCUCCACCGCCAUUCAUGGAUCCACUUCAUAAAUCAUCUGGAGACUACCAUCGACCCCCAGCUCCACCUUUCAACCAGUACCGCCAUCCUGAAAUUCCGCCAGGGCCGCCUAACAGAAACUGGGGAGCGCCUCCGGGCGGUCCUCCUCCACCAUCUGGACCUUCCCAACAUGGUCCACCACCGCCUGUUGGACCUAUUCCGCCUGUGAGACCACCACCUCAUGCUCUGCCACCACCGGGUCUUCCGCCACAUCCAGGGGGGCCACCACCUCCAGGUCCGCCUUGGUACUCGCAGCAGUACUUUCCUCCACCGUUUUCAUCUGCUGGCCCUAAUACAGCACCUCCACAACAACCUGUACCCAGUCAAUCAACUCCGGCAGCCGCUCCUUUCUUCACUAUGGACGCUACUGCAAGAAAAAAAUUACCUGCAUGGAUACUCGAAGGUCUAGAAAAAGCUGAAAGGGAAAAGCUUAAACAAUUAGAAAAGGAAGAACGAAUGCGAAUGGCUGAAGAAGAACGAGCUAAGCGUCGAGCACUUGCUGGAAAGGGGAAAUUCGACAGCAGUAGCGAAGAUGAAGAUGAAGGACAAGCGGAUGAUGAACGGUCACGCUCCAAGUCGCGACAAUCUAACGCUCCCGAAGAAGAUGAUGGCGAACCGGUAUUCUCA